AUGGGCCAUCGUUAUCCCUCCUUCGUGUCGGUCCUGCUGCUCGCGGCUCAGGUCUUGGCUGGCUUGUCCGCAGCGGGCAUUGGGAAUGGGAACCCCCUGGAUGUGUCAUCUCGUGAGCCGCAGCCCAAGGUCCCUGACUACGUGAUAAAACACGCACCGCUCUUGUGGCUUCAUCCGGAGGAUCCGUUCCGUCCGUCAGAUCUGCUCGAGCAUGUUCGCCACACCACCCCAAUGUCGGCACACAAGCCAAUCCCAGAUGUCCCACAUUUAAGUUUGGACAAUUUGGCUGUUCUCAAUACCGCCAAGGGUGGCCCAGGGGCUUUGACUUCAAAGGAUAAUGUCACAACAAUACCGUCAUGGCUCUUGGGUGAGAUGCCAGAUGAGAAGGGAAUACUUCACAAUUCCACGGCCUGUGUGGUGCUACUCAUUGAAAAGAGCCCCGAAAUCACUGAUGUGUUUUAUUGGUAUUUCUACUCUUACAAUAGGGGGGCCAACAUCACCUGGGUUGUCGAGCCCUUUAACCGCAUCUUCGGAGCCCACCCGCCCUCAUUCCAUUUUGGUGAUCACGUUGGAGACUGGGAACACAACAUGAUUCGGUUCAAGAAUGGAGAGCCUACUGGUCUAUUCUAUAGUCAGCACGACGGUGGCGCCUCUUUUGACUGGAACGACCAUACCAUCUCUAAAAAGGAUGGAAUCCGGCCAUUCGUCUACAGUGCGUACGGAUCACAUGCCAACUACGUGACAGAGGGAGAUCAUAUCCACAACGUUGUGUUGAUCGACUGGUGCAAAGCCGGCCACCUUUGGGAUCCCGUCGGAUCAGCAUUCUUCUACCGUUACGACCCCAAGAGCUCCACCUUCACAUCACUUCAUCGCGAGGGUUCAAAUGACCCGGCCCUCGUCAAGUCUGAUGGAUUCAUCUAUUACAAAGGUCUCUGGGGCGACGAGAAAUACCCAGACACCAACCCGGAUCAGGCGACAGUCCCAUACUUCGGCCUGAAGCGAUUUGUUUCUGGGCCUACCGGCCCGGUGAUGAAAGCACUCAUCCGUACCGGUUUGGGUCCCAAUGGUGGUGCCAAACGAAGCUGGCCGGAAUGGAUUGUGGUCCAUGUUCUUGGUCUGCGUCACCGACAGCGCCCCCUCAGCAUCCUCGCCAUCGUUCACGGCGAGAAGUUCGGGGAGCAAACAGUCUUCACCGGCAUGGCCGUCCGCAUCAGCUCCGAGAUCGGGCGAAGCUGGCUUGAAUAA